AUGUCGCAGCAGCAAGAGCAAAAAGACAUCUGGUCAGCCGACCUUUACGGAGAAAAGGUGGCCCCCUUCGUCGCAACUUCGACUGACAAGGUUCUUACCUGGCUAGACCCCAAGCCAACUGAUGAAAUUCUUGAUAUCGGCUGCGGGGAAGGCCCCUUGACAGCCCGCAUAGCUCCCCAUGUCAAACGAAUCGUGGGAAUUGACGGCUCACCCAACAUGAUCGAACACUUCAAGAAGGCCUACCCACACAUUGAGUCGCAUGUUGUCGAUUGCCGACUACUGGAUCAAAAGUCCGACCUCACAACCGGAGGUUUCGAUAAGGUCUUUUCGAACGCCGCCUUGCAUUGGAUUCUGAGAGACCCUAAAACCAGAUCCAAUACAACCAAGGGCUGUUUCGAGGCGCUUAAGCCAGGUGGUCUUCUGGUUAAUGAGUCCGGUGCGUUAGCGAAUAUGGCCGAGGUACAUUCCGCAAUUAUCAGCGGUCUAGUCACUCAAGGUAUUCCCGUGGAGCAGGCGCGAGAGACAUCACCUUGGUGGUUCCCAUCACAGCAGGUUAUGAAGGAGCUUGUUGAAGGAGUGGGGUUUAAGAUUUGUCUGUUUGGUGAGCCCUUUCUUGCACUCCUGCCAACGACUGAAGCACGCGAUGCAGCUGUCAAACACGCCGUUGAAGUUCUCGAAGCUGUUGGCAGACAGCAACAUGAUGGUUCUUUUACUGUCAAUUACAUUCGCCUUCGCUUCGUUGCUCAAAAAGCUAGAGUAAAAACACCUUAG